GCUAUAUUUCGACGUAUAUUUUUUGUUAUCAGUAACACAUGCUAGUUUGUAAUUUAGCUAGAUAGCGAAACCCUUUCAGCUUGUCAACAAUCACCUAUGCUAUGUUGCUAUUUACCAAUGUCUUGUUGGGGUCAUGUUUAUCCAUGUUGGCGUGAUUGAGCUGGAUGUAUGUAACCGUAACGUUACAAACCUGAACCCACUAGAAAUUGGCGAGUUGGCGUUAGCAUUAUUGUUUACAAACACACGAAUAACAAUUUAUAUAAUCUAGUUAUUAAAAAGCCAUUUGCUCCUUAUCUGAUUAAUCUAACGUUAGCUAUCAAUGCGAACUCUUUCAGCGACAUUAUUGUCUUGCGUUUCUUUUGGGACAAGCAGAUCUCUUCUCGGUCUUGUCCAGCUCUCUUGUUUUGGUGCUGCAGGAUCACGUGUACUUAUCAGUGACGCGUGUGUGGAUAUAUUGUUUUGUGUGUGCAGCUCGUACAGUGCACUGCAGUUUAACUGAAAAUUCAAUUUGCUGUAACAAAUCCUGUAGGGCUGAGCGACGAAUCUGAGAGUGGAAGACUCGUCUCUAACAUGUAGGCUCAAUUUUUGAAGUCCCAUCACAAGUCAGACGGUUGAAUAAACUUCAUUUGAACGUACUUUACUCAUUUACAUUUUUGUCAUUUAGCAGACGCUCUUAUCCAGAGCGACUUACAGUUAGUGAGUGCAUACAUUUACCCCUUGUCUGCUGAUUUUUGUCCUUAUGUAGGAGGUAAUCUGACACAAAGUAUCCGCAGGGAAGUGUUCUUAGCCCGAAUUUCAGUACAAUGGUCUAUAUGGUUGGUAUUUCCGGUUUUUAUUUUCAAUACUGAUGCAAUUGAGUAUGAGUCAUAAAACCCGGAAAUGGUUCCAAUCGUUUUUUCACCAUUCAUUUUUCCAUCUGGGAUUUUAGCACAGGAGGUUAGUGGCACUUUAAUUGGGGAGGACGGGCUCGUGGUAAUGGCUGGUGCGGAAUAGUAUAAAAUACAUCAAACACAUGUUUUCCAUGUGUUUGAUGCCAUUCGUUCCAUUGUUUUGAUAACCGCGCAAAUCUCUCUCGGACAAGGUAACUUUAAAAAAUGUGCAAUGCUAACUAUUGAUAGUACAUUGAGACGAAUAUAUUGAUAAAACUCACCUUGUAAAAGAGAGAAUUACACGGCUAUCAAAAAGUAAUGCUAAGGUCAGCCUAAAACAAACACACAAUUAAUUAGAUUUGACGAUGUGAAAAAUUAAUGACGGAAAAACCAUUGGAACUAUUUGCGUGUUAUUAUGGGUAUUAUGACGCAUCCACUGUGGCGGACUUUUCGUACGUGACAAACACUUGCACAAUAUGUCUGAGCCUAACCGAACCACAGCUGAUCGCAAGGAAACGUGCUUUGGUCAAAUACCUUCGGUUACAUUAGGCUAUUGUUGACAUAUUGUGCAAUGCCUGAAAAUAUUGAAAAUACAAGUGACAGAACCUCCCGGCACCACAUCCCUCCUACCUCCAAAAGGACCAACCGCAUGUACAACUGGUAAACGCUAGCCCGCCAUGCCUGGGAAUGACGAGCGGCCCACCUCCAUGUCCACCACUGGCAGCGAGGACGCCAGCAGCGACGCUGAGUCGUCGUCGGACCGCUAUGACAGCAUCAUGUCUGCCAGUGACUUGGACUGCUCCCGCCAGAGCUUCACCAGUGACUGCUCCAGCAGCAAGCACAGCUCGCCCUCCUCCAGCCCGCCCAAAACUAUAACACUGGAUGAAGUCAUGUCUUCUGCCCGGGACCUGUCCAACCUGACCCUGGCCCACGAGAUCAUCGUCAACCGUGACUUCCAUGUGGAGCAGCCCUACCUACCUCAGAACAGUUUGGAGAAGCAAGUCAAAGAUAUAGUUCACAAGGCGUUCUGGGAUAGCCUGGAGUCUGAGCUGAAUAAUGACCCACCAGAGUAUGAGCACUCCAUCAAACUGCUGGAGGAGAUCAGAGAGAUCCUGCUGUCGUUCCUGAGUCUGGGAGCCAAUCGGCUGCGGACUCAGAUCCUGGAGGUGCUGGACAUGGAUCUGAUUCGCCAGCAGGCGGACAAGGAAGCGGUGGACAUACAGGGCCUGGCCUCUUACAUCGUCACCAUCAUGGGAAAGCUGUGCGCCCCCGUCCGCGACGACGAGGUCAAAAAGCUCCGCGAGAACCCCGACAAUGUUGUGUCAAUGUUCAAGGAGAUCUUCCGGGUGCUGGACCUGAUGAAGAUGGACAUGGUGAACUUCACCAUCCAGAGCCUGCGGCCCGAUCUGCAGAGGCAGUCAGUGGAGUACGAGAGGGCCAAGUUCCAGAGCAUCGUGGAGAAGACUCCCAGUGCGUUGGACCAUACCACUGAGUGGAUCAAGUCCUCUCUGGAGGAGGUGCUUUUCUCCAUGCCAACCAUGGAGCAGCCCAACAGCCAUGGGAAGGUGGGGAAAGCCCUGCCAAGUCCCCUCCUGGUCAUCAACAGUGGAUUCAUCCGCAUCCUCACCUGGGACUACCACAAGAGCCCACUGCCUGAGACCCUGAUGACAGACGAGGUGCGUCUGCAGGAGCUCCAGCGCAGGCUCCAGCUGCUAAAGGCUGUGGCCUCCGUGCUGCUCAUUGUCUACAGCGCCAUCGGAGGGCCCAUCUCGGGGCUGCCCGCGCUGGCCGAGCGCCUCAAAAGGAUGACCAGCGUGCUCCUGGAGGGCAUGCACAGCACGGACUUUAACCUGUCAGAGGCUCUGGGGAACGUCAGUGCUCAGAUCUGCUGUGAGCUCAACAAGUCCCUGACUGAGAGGAACUACCCAGCCUUGCCCCCAGAACUCCAGGUCACCCUCAAGGGCCAGAUCACCAGCAUCAUCCAGGAAAACAACCCUAUCCGCAGUCUUGUGGAGGGAAGGGUCCAGCAGUACUUCCGGGUGCUCCUCGCCACGCCCAACUCUCACGUGAACCCGCCCCCGACGCCCGGAGGCCUGGCGCUGAUCCAACCGGAGCUCACCUCCUUGGCGGUCACCUUCGUCAGCCUGGUCAACUUCAACAAGCAGGUCUACAGCCCCUUCUACAUGAUGAUCCUCAAGACCCUGCUCUUCAGUAACGCGGCGCCUACACCGGUGGCCACCGCACCCCAGGACCCCAGCAUACAGAACCCUGUGAGCUCCAACUAGGACCGCCAACCUACCUACCGAGCCAGGAGCAAUACAAAGCUGGAGCUGAUGACACCUUAUUUGAAAAUGGGGCGAAGAAAGGAAAGACUUAGCAGCUAGCUAAAUCCACUC